AGCAGGGCAAACAGAAAGAGCGUGGACACCCAGCUACGGCUAUACAGCCUCUCUCAGUCACACAGACGUGCUCUCACUGCUUGUUCUCUCUCUCUCUCUCUCUCCUGCUCCACUCUCACUCCCUCUCUUUGACACACACACACACUCACACACACACACACACACACACACGCACACACACAAGUAGACACACAAUUUGCUCAACUCAUUCACAGACACGGGUCAGGCGGCCUCACGUUUCACCUUGCUCUGCCCCUGGUUGAAAGAAGAGGGAGCCUCUGCAAGGUGCAGCCAUAGUGCCGCAGUGGUUUCACAGCCGGGUAACGUUAAGUCAAGAGACCUGAGCGCUCCAGGGAAACUUGAGAAGAGCUAGAACCUUCUUAGGAGAUGGAAUUACAAAGCGCUACAUCACCUCUGCAGUGAAGGAGCAGGACAACCAGACACACAGACUCAAGACCAUCAAAUUGUGACUCACAUCAGUUCGGUUUGCCAUGCUCUUCCUGAAUGGUUCCUGGUGAAAGCAGCUGCUGCUCACAGAGACUGUACGCAGUGGGGUGGCGAAUGGGGAGCACCAUCAUGCCAGCUAUUUGUGCAAGGUGCACCUUGGGAGUGUGACCCACCAUGUGCAAAUGGACGGCGGCCGUUGCUGCUCACUGCGCCGACCUCACCUCUAUCGGCCCAGCCCAUAUCGGGCUACCUCUUCUGCCCGGUGCUCUCCCUGUGCGCCUUGCAUGCCUCUCCUUUCUCCUCUUUCUGGCCAGUGCAGCUCUUGCAGGAUGCCCGGCCGGAUUGGGUCAUGACCCACUGCACGUGCUGGCGCGAGGCACAAACUGCUCAUGGACUCUGGAACGCCACACACGCAGUUACAACCACCUGGAGGGUGACGUUCGGCUACGCCGCCUGUAUUCCGCCAACAAGUUCUUCCUCUGCAUCGACAAGACCGGCAAGGUGGACGGCACACGGCGCAAAAACUAUCCAGACAGUCUGAUGGAAAUCCGAUCUGUUAGUGUGGGAGUUGUCGCCAUCAAAUCUGUCAGCACCGGCCUGUACUUAGCUAUGUCCAAAAAAGGCACACUCUUUGGAUCGGUAAGAUAUAACCCAAGCUGUAAGUUUAAGGAGCGUAUUGAGGAGAACGGCUACAACACAUACGCAUCUCUGCGCUGGAAACACGGCGGGAGACAGAUGUUUGUGUCGCUGAAUGGUCGAGGGAAGCCGCGGAGGGGCCAUAAAGCUCGCCGGAGACACCCUUCCACUCACUUCCUCCCAAUGCUCCCGACAUAGCUGCAGUCUCUAAUUAGCCUUUUUUUAUUAUUAUUAAUGUCAUACGCAUAUAUAGCUGUAUAUGUAUGUUUGCAGAGGAUUCUUUCUACAUCAUUUUUUUUGCAUUGUCACAUAGUAUAUUAACUUAUUCCUCCAUCCCUGUUAGCUUAAAGCCUAAUAAAGCUUUUGUAAGGUGUUUAAUAUUAUGCAUACACAAUUACCUGCCAUAUUUAUGUUUCUGCUGGAGAAACUAAGCAUUUACAACAUCUCUAAGCAGCUGCUGUAAAAUACAUUAUCACAUUUACAUAAACAGCAAUAGACUAGUAGAUAAGAUUUCAGAAACAAAACUUCCCCAGUCACAUAUAAUGGAAAUAUAAUGGAAAGCUAUUUGUGUUAUAACAAUUGUGUCUUCAGUUUUGAGAAAAACAUUUUUCAAGCUUUUUGUGUUUGUUCAGAUGUGUAUUUUUAUGCCAGGUGUGUAAAUAUGAGUGGAAGUGCUUCUAACAUCUUUGCUACAAUCAAACUACAUUUAGAUUAAUCAGUUACAUAGAACCCUUGUCUCUCUGAGGGAAUCCUUAACCGUUAUAUGUAGAACCCUAAAAUUAGGGUUUCCCUUUCAGCUGUCACAAGUAUUUGAAUAUAAAUUUUGUAUAUUUGAAUGAUAUUCACAUCACAUUAAAUUAAAUUCCACCUUCCCUGUAGUAUGUAAUAUAUUUAAAAUUUGCUUAAAAACACUUUAUAGUACCAGGACAUGAUCUUGCACUAAUACCGGAAUAAAUACUUAAAGGCAUGUACUAAUCACGAACUAAUGAAGAGUUAAACUUAACUAUGACAUGAGCCUUAUGAAUUCAUGUGUAAGUACAUGUUAGUACAUGUUUGUUAAUUAAUGCCUUCUAUAUUUGUAUACUUCUUUAACUUAUAAGAAAGAUCAUGAAUUAUGCAUGUAUCAUUUCAAAUUGUUUAGAUAAUUUUCUGAAAUUUAGCUGCAUAGAAAAACCAUUGGUUGGCAGAGGAUUACUUUCAUAAUUUACAUGGAUCCUCCUUAUUGAUCAAAAAAGAUACACCAAUAUUAAACACUGAAAAUUGAAUCUCAACUAAUUUUUACGUUGUUUCCCUUCCAUUUCUCUUCAAAUCACACCUGAUAGAUAUACUGGACCUGAUAUAUAUCUGAUAUAUGAUAUCUCAGUGGCUCAAGCCCAGGGUUUUGCUCCUUUAUAGCAGUGUCUGCUAAAUGAAGGAAUGCUGCAAUGGAUGGGCAAAUGGAUGGGCUGAGAUGAAAUUAUUGGUGUCAUUAUUUCAUCUUUCCCACAUGAACUCUUAAUCCUCACCAAGACGUUAAGGUUAGCUCUUCAUUAGUUUGUGAUUAGUACAUUUUUACCUAAGUAUUAAUUCAUGUGUUAGUGCAGGAUUAUUCAUGUACUGUUAUUUCUUUUCUUUGAGCUGGUUAAGUGUAAGAUUUACCUUACAAGCGUAUAAUUCAAAACUACAGGUUGAUUUUGAAAAAAACAACAACAAACAAACCAUUUUUUGAGAAAAAUUACAUAAAAGCAAAUCACAGAAAUGCAGGUGAAGCAUCCUACAUUCCCAAAGUGUAGUGGUCAAACUCAGCAUUUAGCCAAUCAUAUUUCCACCAAGACCAAGUACAUCUAACAAAUUCUUUAUAUUCUACAAUAAUAGCUGAAUGCCUGUUAAGCAGCUCAUUUUAGAAAUUGUAGAUGAGCAUAGACAAGACCAUUAGCUGCUUUGUUAAGCAUCAAGUGUUUAACAUCACUGUAGAAAAAUAACUAUUUUACUAGGAUGUAAAACCUUUCUCUUUAAUAAAACAUUUACUGUUCUCUGAAUGAUUUAUAUUUGGUCCAAUUUAUAUAAACUCAAU